AUGAAGAAUUAUCUUCAACUUAGGAGCUACUACUACUUGUUCUUUCUCUUACUGUUGUUCACAAUAUCUUUGCACUAUAGUAUUGGCAGUGCUGGAGAUGGACAAGAAGAAGAAGAAGAGCAGCAGAUUCAAGAACAACAACUUCAUAUUACGAGUAAGACUCCUAUUAUAGAGACUGUCAAGAAAAUGUUUUCUUUUCCUCAAACUUCAGCCAAUUACUGGAGCAGAUUCGAAUCACUAAUCAAACAAGGCAAGGCCUACUUCUCUCCUCCAACUCUAGAUUUCAGAGAUAGCCAGGAAGCACAGGCCAGGGCUGAAGGGGGAGCAGCACCAGGUGAAAAGGUGAAAGAAGCAGUACUGAAAAGCCUUGACAAGAGUAAAGCCGCCUUAGAAGAAUCGGCCAAAUCAGCAGCAAAAUUAGCUGGGGAAGCAGUGAGCAAGACUACAAAUAAGAUGAAAAGAACAUUUUCUUUUGGAGAUAGAGACCCUGGACACCAAGAGGAUGAGCUCUAA